AGAGAAAUCGUUAUGGAUCCCACCGAUGAGAUUUUGGUCUGUAAAAUAUCUGGGCAUUGUUUUGAUAGGCUACUUUCAGCGGCUGAAAUGGAGCCAGAUACUGAACAGGAACAGCAACAAUGUGGUGUUACCGAUGAAACAGAGCCAUUCAUGGGCUCCGGCCGUUUUGCACGAGCUUAUCUGUUGGGAUAUAAUUGUGCUGAUGAAAAGGAGCUGGAAGCUGCUUUGAGGUUUUGCUGAACCAAAUACUGCUCAUAUUCUAGUGGAUGCUAUUACUGGCAGCAAGUGUCAAAAUUUUACUUUUUGAAUGUUCAAGGUUGCUUGAUUCAGACUAUUAUGUUUUAUGUAAUCUAGUGUUAGAUUGAAUUACAGAAUGUGUCCUUGCUUUUAUUGCUCUUGUUGCGUAUUUGUCUUCGUGUUGUUUUGUUUGCAUCGAUUCAUUAAAAAAUUGCAGGUUGGCCUGAGCUCUCAAGUAAUA